AUGGAAAAACUUUCGUUUGUUUGGUUGCAGAGUGCCAGCGAGAACUCUCAGGAUCUUGUUGAACUAGAACGCUUCCGAAUAUUAAUUGACAAUCUCAUGAUUUUCACAGAAGAAGAACUAUGCACGGAUUAUAUUGAAAAAGCAGUGAAAGAUGACAGAAAUAUCCUCGUACUCAAUACUCAAUUAGUUGACAAAUUUCUUCCAAAAAUGCAUGAGCAGUCGCAGAUUUCAGCAAUUUAUAUUUACGGUUCAAGUCAAGAAGAAUAUGAAGAAUGGAUUAAUAAAUACACGAAGAUCCGUGGAAUAUUUCUUCGAGUAAAUGAGCUUAUUAAGAAGCUUCUUUUCGAUUACAAUGAACGAGACAGAAGCACUAAUGAUGAUAUUUCGUUUGAUAUCUUUAAUGGACAUUCAACAAAUGAACUCAAUGGUGCUUUUAUUUAUUCACAACUAUUAAUUAAUUGUCUAACUAGAUUACAAUCAAAUGAUGAUGAAAUCGAUGAAUUUAUUUCUUUUUACAAAAGUUACAAGAAAGAGAAUAAAAUUCGUCUAGAAUCAUUGGAAGAAUUUUUAGAAAAAUAUAAAACAAAAUCAGCAUUAUGGUGGUAUACUACUGAUAAGGGCGUAUUUCGAAUACUGAAUGAAGCACUUCGAAACAAAGAAAUUGAUCUAUUAUAUUACCUUCGAUUGUUUCUUCAUGAUAUUGGAAAAGAACUGCAGGACAUUAAAGAUGAUUCAUGUCCUGAUGAAGUUUAUCGAGGUCAAUGUAUUUCAUCCCGCGAAAUAAAAAGGUUACAGGCUGCUGUUGGGCAGCUUAUUUCGGUUAAUACAUUUUUCUCAACAUCGAAUGAUAUUAACGUCUGUUUUUACUUUCAUAGCCCUAAAUCUGAAGAGAACAAUUUAGAAAAUGUUCUAUUUCAAAUCGGCAUUGAUCGCCAGUCAAAUAACAUCAAACCAUUCGCAGAUAUUUCAAAAAUAAGCAGCAAAAAAGAUGAGAUGGAAAUACUCUUCAUGGCAGGAUCGGUUUUUAGAGUUAUAGGUGUUUGUCCAUAUACUGAGGAAUACUGGCUCGUUCAAAUGAAAUUGUGUUCAAUCGACGAUGAAGAAUUUAGCGCAUUAAUGGAUUAUAUGAUCAGUGAAUAUGAACCUAACGAAGUUAAUCUUUUUUCUCUUGGAAAUAUUCUUCUUUGCAUGGGUAAAUUACAUGAUGCUAAAAAGUAUUAUCGUCGUUUCCUCAAGAACGCAUCUAAUGAUCAUGAUAACAGAUCUGGAUGUUAUCAUUCACUUGGUAUAAUUGAACGAGAAAAUGGAAAAUAUAAAAAAAGCUUAGCGCAUUUUAAAAACUCCCUUCAAAUGGACGAACAAUUAUUAUCUAAAAUGAAUCGUUCUAAAGAUCAUCGUAAUAUAGGUUUGAGUUAUAAUAGUAUUGCUAUUGUCUAUAACAAAAAAGGUGAUUAUGAUCAGGCAAUAGAUUUUUUUAACAAAGCAUUAACAAUAUUUAAAGGUACAUCUGGUCAAGACUGUUUAGACGUUGCUGGAUGCUGCUACAACAUCGGUAGUGUCUAUCAGACUAUGAAGAAAUACACAGAAGCACAUGAUUAUUAUACAAAGGCGCUGGAAAUUCGUAAAAAACACCCUCCUGAAAACCGUCUUGAUAUUGGACAAUCGCAAUGUUCACUUGGAAAUAUUCAUUUAUUAUCAGAUGAACUAGAUUUAGCAUUGGAAAAAUAUUAUUCAGCAUUAGAAAUUUUUAAAAAAUCAUGUCCUGAUCUACAUAUCAAUAUUGCUGCUGUUUUAGAAAACAUAGGACUUGUUCAUGAAAAGAAAAAUGAUUGUCAACGAAGUUUAGCUUAUUUACAAAAAGCAAGAAAUAUUUAUACCAGUAUGUCAUUUCAUGAACGACAUCCAGCAAUAAAAAGAAUCGAUGGUAGCAUUUUUCGAGUUACUUCUAAACUAACUAACUAA